UCACUGAUGUGCGCUAAUGAGGCUGCAGUGAUGGGCACUGAUAGGCUGCACUGAUGGACACUGAUAGGUGGCACUGAUGGGCACUGAUGAGGAGGCACUGGUAGGUUGCACUGAUGGGCAUCGACAGGCAUCACUGAUGGGCACUGAAAGGCAGCACUGAUACCUGACACUGAUAUAUGGCACUGAUAGGUGGCACUGACAGCAAUGAUAGGUGGCACUGACUGGCACUGAUGGGUGACAUUGAAAGGCAGCUCAGAUGGGCACUGAUAUGUGGCACUGAUGGGCACUGGCACGUGGCACUGAUGGGCACUGACAGGUGGCACUUCUGGGGCCACACUGAUCAUCAGGGCACACUGAUCAUCAGUGCCCUGAUGAUCAGUGUACAU